CUCACGGGGCUUUUACAGCGUAGUGACCAGGAAACAUGCCUACAUUACGCAGUUAGCGCUAGAGAUCCAACCGCCGCAGGUGAGGUCAAAUGCAGAGGGAAGGGAAACCGCGUCGUUGUUGACAGGUGCAGUGAACAAUCAUGUCUAGCCUUACCCGACGCGGAGAAAUGGAGACUGACAAAGUGGUGUUGUGUGAGAGCCUUGCUAUAUGGCUCCAGACCUUCAACACUGCAGCACCAUGUACGACUGUAGAGGAGCUGACCACUGGAGCUGCCAUUUCUCAGGCCCUGCAUCAGAUAGAUCCAGUGUGGUUCAGUGAGAGUUGGCUUGGUCGCAUUAAAGAAGAUGUUGGGAAUAACUGGAGACUGAAGAUUAACAACCUGAAGAAGAUCCUUCAGAUGAUGGUGGAUUACUACAAUGAGGUCCUGAGCCAGCAGAUCCAGGAGUUCCCCCUGCCAGACCUGGUGAAGGUGGCAGAACACUCAGACCCUAUAGAACUGGGACGACUGCUGCAGCUCACACUGGGCUGUGCUGUCAAAUGUGAACGCAAGCAAGAGUACAUCCAGAUCAUCUUGACUCUGGAGGAGUCCGUACAGCAUGUGGUGAUGACAGCCCUUCAGGAGCUGAUGAGUAAAGAGAACAUGGCCCAGUUUGGAGCAGAGCCACCGGGGGACAUAGAAUCACAGUUGAAGGCUCUCGAGGACCUGGCAGAUCUGAUGGCAGAAAAUGAGGAGCUAGCCCAGCGCUGUCAGGAACUCGACGUACAGGUGACGGUCCUUCAGGAGGAGCGGAACAGCCUAUUAGCUGAGAACGACGUGCUGACGGACCGAGCCAAUCAGCUGGACUCGUUUGAUGACCCGAGCACGCCCUCCGGACGGAAACACAGCCAGCUACAGAUACAGCUAGAGACACUACAGGAGGAGAACUUUAGGCUAGAGGCAGCUAAGGAUGACUACCGUAUCCACUGUGAGGAGUUGGAGAAGCAGCUGAUCGAGGUUCAGCAUCGUAACGACGAACUCACCAGCCUGGCAGAGGAGUCACGAACACUUAAAGACGAACUCGAUAUCCUCAGGAGCUGUUCGGACCAUGCUGUGAAGCUGGAGGCGUCAGUGGAGACAUACAGGUGUAAACUGGAGGACCUGGGAGAUCUGAGAAGACAAGUCAAACUGCUGGAAGAGAAGAACAUGACCUACAUGCACAACACUGUCAGUCUGGAGGAGGAGCUACGCAAGGCUAACACUGCCCGUGCACAGCUGGAGACAUACAAGAGACAGGUCCAGGAGCUGUACCGUAAGUUGUCAGAGGAGUCUCGGCGGGCAGACAACCUUGCUUAUGAAAAGAAGAAGUUUGAAGAGAAACAUGACGCCGUGAUGAGGGAGAAAGAGAGGAUCAUCAUUGAGCGAGACUCUCUGAAGGAGACCAAUGAGGAGCUGCGAUGUAACCAGGCUCAACAGGACCAGCUCCUACAAGCAGGGAUGCCAGCUGGUAGUCCAACCCAUGAUAACCUUGCUGCUGAGAUCCUACCUGUAGAGUACAGGGAGAAGUUUAUCCGGCUCCAGCAUGAGAAUAAGAUGUUGCGUGUGCAGCAGGAGGGAUCAGAGAAUGACAAGAUCUCUGAACUACAGACACUGCUAGAGGUGGCACACAGAACCUGCUCUGAACUGGACACUGACAACAGGUUAAGCAGGGAGAGGGUCACUGAGCUGCAGCAGCAGGUAGAGGAUUUACAGAAAGCCCUACAGGGCCAGGGAGCCAAGACUGAUGACUCUCACCUGAAGAGGAAACUGGAUGCUCAUAUGGUGCAACUGAACGAGGCGCAGGAUGAGAUCAUGAAGAAGAAAGAACUCCUUGAGGACUUGCAGCCAGACAACACACAGACCUCUCUGAGACUGGAUGAGCUGAUGGCUGCUCUGAAGAAGAAGGAUGAUGACAUGAGAGCCAUGGAGGAGAGAUACAAGAUGUACCUGGAGAAAGCACGCAAUGUGAUCUGUGCAUUGGACCCCAAGCUGAACCCAGCCACAGCAGAGAUCCAGGCUCUAAAGAACCAGCUGACGGACAGAGACAAGAGGAUCCUCAGCCUGGAGAGGGAGUGUGAGAAGGCAAAGCUGAGAGAGUAUGAAGAGAAGCUGAUUGUAACAGCAUGGUACAACAAGAGUCUGAGCUUCCAGAAGCUGGCGAUCGAGGCCCGUCUCGGGGGUCGCUCCACCUCCAUGGUGCCCCCAGGUCAGUCCUUCCUGACCCAGCAGCGCUAGGUCACCAACGCUGCCCGCAGGAACCUCUCUGUCAGCAUGCCUGCCACCACCACUAAGUAGACCUGGGAUGGGUGACUACUGAGGUGGGCCAGCGUGUGUACAGGCUUCUUCUAUUAAUGUUGAACCAUGGUUAGUUCAAUCAGGUGUGUUAGUGCGGGUCUGGAACAAAGGCCUGCUGACACUGCGGCCCUCUAGGACUGGGAUCUCCUACAUCUGACGUAAACAAACAAAUGGCUCCUCUCUAACUCCUUUCCAGAAAUGUACACUCAAGUGACCUUAAGCACAUUAGUUCUCAGUCCCUGGAGAGGGGACAAGCAUGCACUGACUGACAUGAACAUGAGCACUUACUCUAACCAGGUUCCCUCCUCACUGAUACACCAGACUGUAACAGUUAUACUCCUCACUACAGUUUAGGAUGUUUAUUAUCUCCGGUAAUGAGUUAGGUCUGGCAACCCGACCAACCUGCUUUAUUAGCAUAGCACAUAGCCUAGCACAUAACACUGACUGAGCCCUACCAUAUACCUGUGUUAGCCUAGCUAGCAGCAGGCUCUGACUAGCAGUGAUUCCUAACCUUGACAUAUCCUGACAUGUACACUGAGUGUACAAAACAUUAAGAACACCUUCCAAAUAUUGACUCCUAUGCCUCACACAGUUGUGUCAAGUUGAUAUGGAUGUCCUUUUGUUCCCCGAGCCACUUAGUUAUCACUUUUGAUACACAUGGGAAACUGUUGAGUGAGAAAAAAACCCACAGCGUUGCAGUUCUUGACACAAACCUGUGCUCCUGGCACCUACUAUCAUACCCCAUUUUAAAGGCACUUAAAUAUUUUGUCUUGCCCAUUCACCCUCUGAUUGGCACACAAACAGUCUGUCUCAAGGCUUAAAAAUACUUCUUUAACAGUUCUCCUCCCCUUCAUCUACACUGAUUGAAGUGGAUUUAUCAAUAAGGAAUCAUAGCUUUCACCUGGAUUCACCUGGUCAGUCUACAGUUGUGGCCAAAAGUUUUGAGAAUGACACAAAUAUUAAUUUUCAAAGUUUGCUGCUUCAGUGUCUUUAGAUAUUUUUGUCAGAUGUUACUAUUGAAUACUGAAGUAUAAUUACAAGCAUUUCAUACGUGUCAAAGGCUUUUAUUGACAAUUACAUGAAGUUGAUGCAAAGAGUCAAUAUUUGCAGUGUUGACCCUUCUUUUUCAAGACCUCUGCAAUCCACCCUGGCAUGCUGUCAAUUCACUUCUGGGCCACAUCCUGACAGAUGGCAGCCCAUUCUUGCAUAAUCAAUGCUUGGAGUUUGUCAGAAUUUGUGGGUUUUUGUUUGUCGACCGGCCUUUUGAGGAUUGACCACAAGUCCUCAAUGGGUUUAAGGUCUGGGGAGUUUCCUGGCCAUGGACCCAAAAUAUCGAUGUUUUGUUCCCCGAGCCACUUAGUUAUCACUUUUGCCUUAUGGCAAGGUGCUCCAUCAUGCUGUAAAAGGCAUUGUUCGUCACCAAACUGUUCCUGGAUGGUUGGGAGAAGUUGCUCUCGGAGGAUGAGUUGGUACCGUUCUUUAUUCAUGGCUGUGUUCUUAGGCAAAAUUGUGAGUGAGCCCACUCCCUUGGCUGAGAAGCAAUCCCAUACAUGAAUGGUCUCAGGAUGCUUUACUGUUGGCAUGACACAGGACUGAUGGUAGGGCUCACCAUAUCUUCUCCGGACAAGCUUUUUUACGGAUGCCCCAAACAAUCAGAAAGGGGAUUCAUCAGAGAAAAUUAAUUUUCCUUGUCCUCAGCAGUCCAAUCCCUGUACCUUUUGCAGAAUAUCAGUCUGUCCCUGAUGUUUUUCCUGGAGAGAAGUGGCUUCUUUGCUGCCCUUCUUGACACUAUCCUCCAAAAGUCUUCGCCUCACUGUGUGUGCAGAUGCACUCACACCUGCCUGCUGGCAUUCCUGAGCAAGCUCUGUACUGGUGGUGCCCCGAUCCCGCAGCUGAAUCAACUUUAGGAGAUGGUCCUGGCGCUUGCUGGACUUUCUUGGGUGUCCUGAAGCCGCCUUCACAACAAUUGAACUGCUCUCCAUUAAGUUCUUGAUGAUCCAAUAAAUGGUUGAUUUAGGUGCAAUCUUACUGGCAGCAACAUGAUGACGGCAUGUGUUUCCUUGCAGGUAACCAUGGUUGACAGAGGAAGAACAAUGAUUCCAAGCACCACCCUCCUUUUGAAGCUUCCAGUCUGUUAUUCGAACUCAAUCAGCAUGACCGAGUGAUCUCCAGCCUUGUCCUCGUCAACACUCACACCUGUGUUAACGAGAGAAUCACUGACAUGAUGUCAGCUGGUCCUUUUGUGUCAUUUUCAAAACUUUUGGCCACGACUCUAUGUCAUGGACAGAGCAGGUGUUCCUAAUGUUUUGUACGCUCAGUGUGUAUUGAGUCAGAGAUGUUAGUUAUUCUGUCUAUGGAUGUGCUAAAAACUAUAUUCACAAUUGGAGCUUAUAAGACAAAUGUGGUCUUAAUUGGCUUAUUUUAAUGCUGAAUAUAGCUGAUAUUAUAAAAUGUUUUUAUACUACAACAAAACGAUGAAUGAACCGCACUAUGCAGUUAAAGGAUGUUACAAUAAUCUAAUCAACCAUUGGACUACAAAGAGUUUUACCUCUGUGAUCUUUCUCUUCUGUGUUUCACAAUCACCAGAGUGAAAAUGGAAUACAGGAGAAAUGGGUGUAUUUGGGGCUGGCAACCAAAAGUUGGUAUUGCAGCACAGAUCGAUCCAUUACUAGUUUCUUACACAAAAGCAGUCUAUACUGCAGACCUGUGUCAACAUCCUGUAAUGCCAUACUGACACAAGCAUCUCUGGUGCUGCAACAACUAAUCAUUCAAUCAACUCAGAAAUCCAGGACUUUUUAAUGGUGUUUAUUUUUGAUACUGUGAUCUGACUACUAGAACUUAGAGCAUGCGCUAUCGGAACACUGUUGGGCUUUUACAGUGCCUUCAGAAAGUAUUCAUCCCCCUUGACUUAUUCUACAUUUUGUUGUGUUACAGCCUGAAUUCAAAAAUGUAUUUAAAAAACACACACAAAUUACCCAUCUACACACAAUAGCCCAUAAUGACAAAGUAAAAAAACAUGUUUUUAGAAUUUUGUAAAUGUAUUGAAAUUUUAAUUUACAAAUAUUACAGCGGUGAGACUUUCUGGGUAAGUCUCUAAGAGCUUUGCACACAUGGAUUGUACAAGAUUUGCUCAUUCUUUUUUAUUUUAUUCUUCAAGCUCUGUCAAAUUGGUUGUUGAUCAUUGCUAGACAGUCUUGCCAUAGAUUUUCAAGCAGAUUUAAGUCAAAACUGUAACUAGGCUACUCAGGAACAUUCAAUGUCGUCUUGGUAUGCAACUCCAGUGUAUAUUUGGCCUUUUGACUUAUUGUCCUGCUGAAAGGUGAAUUUGUCUCCCAGUGUCUGUUACUGUAAACCAGGUUUUCCUCUAGGAUUUUGCUUAUGCUUAGCUCUAUUCUUUUUACCCCAAAAACCUCCCUAGUCCUUGCCCAUGACAAGCAUGCCUGUAACAUGUUGCAGCCACCACAAUGCUUGAAAAUAUGAAGUGUGGUACUCAGUGAUGUGUUGUAUUUGCCCCAAACUUAACGCUUUGUAUUCAGGACAUGAAGUUAAUUUCCUUGCCUCAUUUUUUUUUUUCCAGUUUUACUUAAGUGCCUUAUUGCAAACAGGAUGCAUGUUCUGGAAUCUUAUUAUGUAGAAACUUCCUACUUUUUAGUCUGUCAUUUAGGUUAGUGUUGUGGAGUAGCUACAAUGUUGUUAAUCCACCCUCAGUUUACUUCUAUCACAGCCAUUAAACUCUGUAACUGUUUUAAGUUAACCAUUGGCCUCAUGGUGAAAUCCUUGAGCGGUUUCCUUCCACUCCGGCAACUGAGUUAAGAAGGACGCCUGUGUCUUUGUAGUAACUAGGUGAUUUGAUACACCAUCCAAAGUGUAAUUAAUAACUUCACCAUGCUCAAAGGAAUAUUCAAUGUCUGCUAUUUGCCCUUCUUUGCGACACAUUGGAAAACCUUGGUCUUUGUGGUUGCAUCUGUGUUUGUAAUUCCAUGCUCAACUGAGGGGACCUUACAUAUAAUUGAAUGUGUGGGGGACAGAGAUUAGGUAUUCAUUCAAAAAUCAUGUUAAACCCCCUUAUUGCACACAAUGGGUCCAUGCAAUUUGUGACUUAACAACAUUUUUACUCCUUAACAUUUGGGCUUUCCAUAACAAAGCGGUUGAAUACUUAUUGAGUCAAGGCAUUUCAACUUUUCAUUUUUUAUUAAUUUGUAAAAAUGUAUAAAAAUAUAAUUUCACUUUGACAUUAUGUGUAUGCCAGUGACACAAAGUCUCAAUUUAAUCCAUUUUAAAUUCUGGCUGUAAUGCAACAAAAUGUGGAAAAAGUUAAGGGGUGUGAAUAGUUUAUGAAGGCACUGUGUCUUGUGUCUGGAUGAGUAGAAGGGAAUCAACAGUAUAAUAAUCUAUACAGCACUACUGUAAUCAGGGUUCAAACACCAGCGUGGGAUUUUAGAACUGCUUUCACAGACCCCCAUUUGUUAUUGUUGUGCUAUGAAAUAUUGAAAUGUGGAUUAACUAAACCAGAAUUAAACCAUGUCCUGGAUGUAUUUAAUCUGCAUUUGUGAAACAAGUUCCUAGAUGAAAUAUUGUUCCUCUCUGAUGAAGCAAAAAUGCAGUGACAACUUUUGAAUUUCUUACAAAUGUGUUUGGGCAUGUUGGCCCUCUGGGGUGCACUGGGAUCUCUGAAUGAAACAUGAAAAGCUCUGUAAAAUAGCUAUCAAUUGAUUUGAUCAUUGUCUACAAUCCCUACUGGUUUGGAUUCCCAGCCUUGUAGUGAAGCUUAACAUAGCUCAAAGCUAGCAGUUAGCUAGAUGUUGGAUUUGCUCUUUUUGGGAAAUGUGAUAUUCCAGUAUGUCAUGUGAUGCUUCUUACGUUAUGUACACACACAUACCACAUUGUUUUAGCUGUAGUAUCUAGACUCGUGCCUCUAGGUCAAAUCACAUUUUAUUGGUCACAUAUUUAGCAAAUGUUAUUGUGGGUGUAGCAAAAUGCUUGUGUUCCUAGCUCCAACAGUGCAGUAGUAUAUAACAAUACACACAUCUUAAAGUAAAAUAAUGGAAUUAAGAAAUAUAUAAAUACUGAGACGAGCAAUGUCAGUGACAUUGACUAAAAUACAGUAGAUGUAUAUACAGUUGAAGUCAGAAGUUUACAUACACCUUAGCCAAACACAUUUAAACUCAGUUUUUCACAAUUCCUAACAUUUAAUCCUAGUAAAAAUUCCCUGUCUUAGGUCAGUUAGGAUCACCACUUUAUCUUAAGAAUGUGAAAUGUCAGAAUAAUAGUAGAGAAAUUUAGUUCUUUCAUCCCAUUCCCAGUGGGUCAUAAUUUUACAUACACUCAAUUAGUAUUUUGUAGUGUUGCCUUUAAAUUAUUUAACUUGGGUCAAAUGUUUAGGGUAGCCUUCCACAACCUUCCAACAAUAAGUUGGGUGAAUUCUGGCCUAUUCCUCCUGACAGAGCUGGUGUAACUCAGUCAGGUUUGUAGGCCUCCUUGCUCGCACACACUUUUUCAGUUCUGCCCACUAAUUUUCUAUAGGAUUGAGGUCAGGGCUUUGUUGUAGUUUUUUGCCAUUUUGCCACAACUUUGGAAGUACACUUGGGGUCAGUGUCCAUUUGGAAGACCCAUUUGCGACCAAGCUUUAACUUCCUGACUGAUGUCUUGAGAUGUUGCUUCAAUAUAUCCACAUAAUUUUCCCUCCUCAUGAUGCCAUCUGUAUUGUGAAGUGCACCAGUCCCUUCUGCAGCAAAGCACCCCCACAACAUGAUGCUGUCAUCCCCCGUGCUUCACGGCUGGGAUGGUGUUCUUCGGCUUGCAAGCCUCCCCCUUUUCCUCCAAACAUAAUGACAUUAUGGCCAAACAGUUAUAUUUUUGUUUCAUCAGACCAGAGGACAUUUCUCCAAAAAGUACAAUCUUUGUCCCCAUGUGCAGUUGCAAACUGUUGUCGGGCUAUUUUAUGGCGGUUUUGGAGCAGUGGUUUCUUCCUUACUGAGCGGCCUUUCAGGUUAUGUCGAUAUAGGACUCGUUUAACUGUUUCCUCCAGCAUCUUCACAAAGUCCUUUGCUGUUGGUCUGGGAUUGAUUUGCACUUUUCGCACCAAAGCACAUUCAUCUCUAGGAGAUGGAACACGUCUCCUUCCUGAGCGGAUUGACAGCUGCGUGGUCCCCAUGGUGUUUAUACUUGCGUACUAUUGUUUGUACAGAUGGAUGUGGUACAUUCAGGCAUUUGGAAAUUGCUCCCAAGGAUGAACCAGACUUGUGGAGGUCUACAACAUUGUUUCUGAGGUCUUGGCUGAUUUCUUUUGAUUUUCCCGUGAUGUCAAGCAAAGAGGCACAUAGUUUGAAGGUAGGCCUUGAAAUAUAUCCACAGGUACGCCUCCAAUUGACUCAAAUUAUGUCAAUUAGCUUAUCUGAAGCUUUUACAGCUAUGACAUCCUUUUCUGGAAUUUUCCAAACUGUUUAAAGGCACAGUCAACUUAGUGUAUGUAAACUUCUGACCCACUGGAAUUGUGAUACAGUGAAUUAUAAGUGAAAUAAUCUGUCUGUAAACAAUUGUUGGAAAAAUUACUUGUGUCAUGCACAGAGUAGAUGUCCUAACUGACUUAGUUUUUAACAAGAAAUUUGUGGAGUGGUUGAAAAACGCAUUUUAAUGACUCCAACCUAAGUGUAUGUAAAUUUCCGAUUUCAACUGUAUACGAAAUAAGUGAAACAGUAUGUAAACAUUAUGAAAGUGACUAAUGUUCCAUUUAUUAAAGUGACCAGUGAUUCCAUGUCUAUGUACAUAUGGUAGCAGCCUCUAAGGUGCAGGGAUGAGUAACCGGGUGGUAGCUGGCUAGUGAUGGCUUUUUAGGUUCUCUUGCAGUGGAUGGUACUUGUACACCUACUGAUUAUUCACAUAUACAAUACCAUGUAUACAGAGAUCAGCGCAGCACUAGGCAAUGAGAUUGCAACAAAGCUGUUCAGAUAGUACUUAUUGAUUGUGUUAGUGGAAAGAUAAGGAAGUGUGAAUUGUGAAAUUAUUAUAUGAAAUGAAAAAUAAGCCUUUGGUUUUCAUGCAUUGAAAAGAAUAAACACACAAAUGUA